GUUCGCAGUCACCAUCGUCAAGACCGUAACUGGUACUGGCUGUCUGACAAUUCCCUUUACCAUUACGCAGCUCGGAAUUAUUCCGGCGAUCAUCGUGUUUUUUAUGGUUACCUUUGCAAACAUUAUCAACACACAUUACCUUAUCGAAGCCAACGAAGGAUUAAAAAAGCGAAAUCUGAACAUUCGUGGUGGUCUGAAAAUCGAUAAUGACUACGCGAACUUGAUGUACCAACUUUACGGUAUGAACGGCUACUACGUCUUCCUGGUCUUCUUCUACAUGACCGUUUGGAGCGUGAUGCUGGGCACGAUGAUCAGCAUGUUCGAAUUCAUCAAGGAUCUUCCCUGGCCGGAGUCUUUCCUCGGCAACAAAACGAUCCGUGACCUGAUUCUCCACAUUGUAAGCACCCUGUGCUGCUACGUGCUGUGCUGCAUCCGGAACACGAAGCAACUCUUCUUCGUGUCUUGGUUCGGCAUUUUCACGCUCAUUCUCGCUUACGUCGUGGUCGUCAUCUUCGGGUUCUCCACCUACUCCAUUCACUUCGAUCCGCAGCUUCUCUGGAGCCGCGGCAUCAAAGAGUUCUUCGCGAAUCUCGGCGUGGCUCCCUACACGCUCGGCUACAACUUCUGCUUCCUCACCUACUUCAAGCAAGUAGCUCGCGCCCAGCAGCCCCAGACAUUCAGCGUGACCAUGAAGAGCAUUCUCGGCGUGUGCGCGGUGUACAUGAUCUUCGCUGUGCCCACCACCAUCGCGUUCUCCUCCGGCGGCGACGCCUCGAACAACUGGAACAUCGCGGACAACAUCGUGUCUAAUCUGGGCAACGGCGGCUGGGGCGUGUUCAUUAAAGUGCUGAUGUGGGUGUCCUGCGUGUGCUCGCAGCCCGUGCUGCUCAGCUCCACGUCGGAGUUGCUGGAGAAGAACUGCCCGGUGACGAAGAACACGUUCUUUGUGUGCGAUCGGCAGCGACUGCUGAUUCGUUUCUUGCAGAUCGGAGCGUUGAGCUUCAUUUCUUACGUGCUUCCGUUCUUUGGGGAAGUCAUCAAUUUGUAUAUCCUUGAGGUUGAGGGGGUUGGAGGGGCCCUUAAUGCGCACUUGGCGGGUUUGCGUUCGUUGCGACUUCGAUUUUGA